GACGCACGUGCCCGCGUCGCGCCGCGUCGGAUUUCAGUAAACGGUCCGACAUGCUUCUAUAUAUCGCAAUACUGUUCGCCAAGUUGCACAGAUGCGAGAGCGUGACAUCAAUCGAAAUAUUUGAUCUGUUUGACGACGACAUCGAUCUGGAGAUGCCAAUUGACGCCGUCGACAAAGACUUCAUGGCUCGCAAAGAGGUUGAGGGAAUCAGUAAUGCUACGGCAUGUAUGGGGAACGCCGAGUGCAUUGAAAGGUCCGUUCAUACUGACCCUGACCCACACAUUAAUAACAAUAAGACUAAAAAAGCUACAGCUACAUCCGAAAAUACAAAUGUUAUUCCUAACAAUGAAACAAGACAUGAAAACAUAACCCUCCAUGGUGGAGAUUACCAAAAUAUGAUUAAUAAUUCUUUACUUGCAACUCCAAACAUAACAACGGAUUUGGGUGAGAGCGUUACACGACCAUCGAACACAUUCCCGCGCGUUCCAUUCUCAUGCCCUGAAGAAGAGACUCCAGCCAAUAUUGGGCCCUACGAAGUGCCUACACAAAGAGAUGUGGUACUACAUAUACGGAACCAUCUCUUAGCCAUGUACCGUGGUUUCCAUGCUAAGGCUAUGUAUUUUCUUAAAGAUGUGAAAGAGGCAACACGAGCAUCCUGGUCGCGCAAGAUGCUCUGCCGCGGUCCCACCGAGCUGAUGCACUACAGACGCUGUGUCCGCUGGGUCGCAGACCUGAGCGUGCUCACCACCAAGAGCCUGGUCACCGCUUUGGAGACCGCACGGCAUCACAUCAGCACCCUCAUGCAGGGAAAAAUCUGCAAUAUUUCGGCCCUGAGCAUCGACCCGAUCCACCUGAUUAGGAUUCUAGCCGCGGAGAAGGUCUCCCUGGAAUUUGCCCUGCCCGACUUUCUCAGGCAACUCGAUGCAUGCUCAAGGCAUUGUCCGGGGACGCGACUGAAGAUUCCGCAGGGAUAUCUAAGCAAUGCGCAGUUAACGGAUGAAAAUUUCGUAAUAAGACAUUAUUUAACACAACAGAAUUUUAAUCAACAACUCAAACAACAAUACAACAUCUAAAUUAUAUUUAAAAUGAACGCGUCCGUUUUGAACGCACCUCUAACUAUGAAUCGAGCUUUCACAGAUAGUACGCAUACCGCAAACUAGAUGGCGCCACUAUGUAUGAACUUUUGACGUGAACUUGACUGAAAGUUUUUAGAAUAACUUAACCAAAAUACUUAGCUAAGCUUUUAGCGGAAUGUGCAUAGUGAUUAUCGUGGGAAGUGAACAAAAACUAUAAUUAAAUUAUAAUACAAUGCAUGAGAAGUGUU